GACCUUCAAGUGCUCGCAACCUCCUUCAGUGGACAAUACCCCCUGAAGCGUUACUUUACUUGAUUUACUAACUGCGCUUUUCGUUUUAUGUCCACCUGUAUUCUAUAGGCAUUGGAAUGAAGGUGCGUGUGAUUUACGACUUUGUCGCUCAAUGGAGUGGUGAAUUAACUGUUUGUACUGGAGAGGAACUCACAAUUACAAAUCAAAAUGUCGGGUCAGGGUGGUGGCAAGCAGUCAAUGCAUUUGGAAAAGAAGGUCUCAUUCCAUCAGAAUUUGUUGAAAUUAUUGAGUUACCAGAACCACCAGCCCCACCUCCUCCAUUACCUACUACCGAAUUUGGGAAGGAGAUUGAUCGCUGUGAUGAAUGGGAUGAUGAGUGGGAUAGUGAUGAAAAUGAUCUUCCCAGUUCGAACAAAAACUCGAAUGACCGAUAUCAUCAGCCAGUUGAAUGCAGUACGUCGCAAACCGGAGGCAAACAGACGGACCCCCUUCUGUCAGCGUCUAAUAAUGUUGAUUACGUACGCAACACACUUAUACGAAAGUUUUUUAACAGAUCAUUCAUCCGUAAUGGUUGUGAAGAUUUUUUGUUGGGUCUCGAUCCACCACCUUUUCCUCAAACUGAAGCUAAUAUCGAUUAUGUGGAUGAUUCUUUCCAAUGGCGUCAUUUGUCAAGAGAUCUCACUAGCUGUAUUUCAUCGUUUCGUAAAGAUUCAAAAAUGAAAGGGAUUAAAAGUUUUAUCGCUUAUCAAAUAACUAAUUCAGUUACGCAAACACAAGUCAGUAGAAGAUAUAAACAUUUUGAUUGGCUUCAUUCCCGUUUAUUAUCAAAAUAUCCAUGUAUUUGUAUUCCACCAUUACCGGAGAAAGCUAUCACAGGUCGAUAUGAAGAUGACUUUGUUGAUGAACGUCGUAAAUGGUUACAACAAUGGUUAACUCGUAUGUGUAAACAUCCGGUUGUAUCGCAUAGUUCAGUAUUUAUGCACUUUCUUACUUGCACUGAUUUCAAGAAGUGGAAAUUAGGCAAACGUGAAGCAGAAACUGAUAAAUUACAAGGUGUACGUUUUUACUUUGCAGUGGAAUCAAGAUGUGGACAAACACCUCAUGACUAUACGGUUGAAAAAGCAGAAACAGCUGAGCGAUUCUUAGCCGAUUUGGAUAGAUCAACUAAAUUUCUAUGUGAAACAGUUGUUGAAUAUCAUCGAAAAUUAAGCAUUAGUAUUCGUAAAGAAUUUUCCAAACUGUCAAUGGCUUUUCUUAACAUGAGCAAAGCUAUUGAAUCGGAUGUUCAUACAAAACAAUUAAAUACAAAAUUAUGCGCCUCACUAGCUGCUACUGGCAAUACAUUCAGAAACGUAUCAUGUAUCCAUGCAAUCCAGGUAAAUAAGCUACUAUUUUUUUCAUUCCUAUUGAAAAAGUUUUGCCGACAUUAAUCUGACCUGUAGAUUGUAGUCGUUUCAAUCUGAUCUCAGGUUACAACUGAAAAUUUGAGAGUACUAAACGGCCGUUUCGUCCUAGUACAUGCGAAUCUUUAACAAUAUUUAUGCAUAAUCUAAUAAGGGAUCAAACCAAGGACCUUCAGGUUUCUUGUCAAACAGUGAAUCAUUAGAACCACCAGUUUAGCGUUUGUUUGUACAAUUCCGACUUUAAUCACUUUGUCAUACAAAUCCAUGAUCAUCUAAUCAUAUUAUUAUAUAUUUAAAUAUCAUUAAAGCAUUUGUUUGCAAAGUUCGUAGUCUACUUCUGUUCUGGAUAACCGGAUAACAUCUUACUAGCUCACAUAGACAGUACAUGAAAGACCUGUAGUUGCAAAAAGGAAAAAUAAAAUAUACGCCAAGAUUCAAGUCAUAAAGAUGACAAGUUUUUUCGACAUCACUCAUUCAAAAUUGUCUUUAUGAGUGAAGUUGAUAGGAAUUAUACAAAUAAAUCCUUAAGUAAAAGGCAUAUCUACUGUACACAUUGAUGUUAUUAGUAUAGAAUAAAAAUAAAAUCUACGUACUAUUGUUACUUAUUGACACCGAACAAAAUAGUUGCUCUCAAAAUCGGCUUCAUAAGAGAAAUCUGAUAUAGAAUCGAGUUAAAGGAUUGUAUAGAUUGAACAAUGAACAGCAACCGGUCGCACCGUGUUAAAAAAUACUCAGAUUAUAUGUUGAGAACAAGUAAAAAGAGCCAGGUGAUUGAUAAGAUUAUAAGUUGUAACGUACUGAAAAGGGAGAUGUGUCGAAAUAGGCGAAUUAAUCAAGCCAAAAAGUGUGUUCAGAGUUUGAACUAACAAUUCACACAAUAAUAAUGAUUAGAGGCGUUAAGUAACAUAGAGUAAAAUCUGUUGCAAUGACACACUCUGAUUCAUUUUCUAUCCUUCAUUUUUAAAUUCAGUGUCAUUCUAAACUUUCCAUCCUAAGAUCUCAUUUAUUCAUUUCUAAUUGGAUUUCUCAUGCCUAGAUUUGUGUUUGAUUUUAAAUUAAUUACUCCCCUUUGAUUCUCGUCUUGUUAAUUUUCUGUCUCCGUGUACCUACUAGCGUUGUGAUCCGAACCGAAAACCACUCAUGUCAAACCGAGAGUUGAUAAACUGACUGAAUAGUUUUAUACAGUGCACACUUGCUCUACCAAAAUGUACAUAGUUUAUUGCAUGUUGUACUUUGUUGGAUGGUUGGGGGUAGUUGACAAAAUAAAUACCUCAGUACUACAGGUUAGUCGCAGCCCAUGUAGAUCAUUGACAACAUCUCAGACUGUGCAACUGCAUGACGUAAGUUCGAAUCCCAUUGGAAGCAGCAGUUCUCUCAAGAUUAUACAUACGCUAUAACUGAAGAGUGCUAACUAGUACUGUGGUGUGUGCUACUUAUGUAGACACAAAUAGUAUAUGAUGUUAGUCGUGAAGAGAAUGUCUGGCAGCAGAGAGACAAGAAGAUCAAACAGUAAAGAAUGAAGAAAGAAUGCAAUUUGUGUGAAAAUGCAAGAACAAUGAAGUCUGAGUCAUUUUAAGACAAUUGAUGGACAUUUUGCAAAUUGAGCAUUUAAUAUAUGGUUGUUAGAUUUUAUUAACAAGUUCUGUCAUUUGUUGUCAAAUACAUUCGAUUGUUCCCCACCCGUGUUCUGUUCACUACAGUACGACACGGAUUAAACAGGGUUUCUUUGUCGACCAUCUUUAACUACUUAAGACCAAAACAUAGUGUAUGUAAUUUUUAGUCAAUUAAACUGAUAGCCACAUUGUAAUAGGUACUAGGGAUUAGAUUAACUUGAUAUAAGUCACUUACUGCUUAGUAGAUAUUGAUCAGUUAAUUGUAAAUAUUCAACUUUUUUGGUUUAUUUCCAGUCAGAAGCAACAAUCAAU